UAGACCCCCUCCCCUCCGUAUGUUUUUGUUAGGGGAAAAGUUGUGGGUAGUCGAUCGUGUGAAUGUUGCGUGUGCGUGCUUUUUAACCCCUUCGUCUGGGGGAAUGUGAGUUUGUAUCUUUCACAAUUAGACUGUUAGGGGAGAGGCGCUUUAAUUUACAAGAUUUUGUACUUUUUUUGUUUGUCCUGGCCAAGAGUAAACUCACUAGCCAGCAUUUCACCUCACCCCCUUUCCGUUAGCCACAUAGCUGCUAACCGAUUACCUCUCAUAUUUUUUGUGGGACAGCUGAAAAAAGAAUAGGCGCAAUGGCAGAAACCAAAAUAAUAUACCACAUCGACGAAGAGGAGACUCCAUACUUGGUGAAGAUACCCAUUCCUGCCGAAAACAUUACCUUGUUGGAUUUCAAACAGGUCUUGAACAAGCCCAACUACAAAUUCUUUUUCAAGUCUAUGGACCAAGACUUUGGGGUGGUGAAGGAAGAGAUUUCAGAUGAAAGUGCCAAGCUGCCCUGCUUCAACGGAAGAGUGGUGUCAUGGUUGGUAUCAUCAGACACCCCCACCGUGGAGCCCCCGGCAGCAGCGCUCCCCCCCCCAGCUGAGGUCCGGCCCCAGCCCUCCCCCCCUCCCCCCCCUCUGCCUCCCCCACCUGUCGAGAGGACGGGCGGCAUCGGAGACUCCAGACCCCCGUCCUUCCACCCUAACGCGGCGGGCAGCGUGGGCAGCGUGGACACCCUGGACGACCAGACGGAGACAGAGUCUGUGGUCUCCUUCAGGAGGGAGAGACCCCGGCACAGGGAGGGCAUGGAGCAACACGGCCCGCGCGUGAACGGCCAGAGCCGCCUGGAGCGCCACCUGGCGGGCUACGAGAGCGCCAGCACGGUGAUGAGCAGCGAGCUGGACACCACUAGCUUCUGCGACUCGGACGACGACGACACCAUGAGCCGCUUCAGCAGCUCCACGGAGCAGAGCACCGCCUCGCGCCUCCUCAAGCGCCACCGCCGCCGCAGGAAACAGCGCCCCCCGCGCCUGGAGAGGGCGUCGUCCUUCAGCAGUGUGACCGACUCCACCAUGUCCCUGAACAUCAUCACUGUCACACUCAACAUGGAGAAGUACAACUUCCUGGGCAUCAGCAUCGUGGGGCAGAGUAACGAGCGGGGGGACGGGGGCAUCUACAUCGGCUCCAUCAUGAAGGGCGGGGCGGUGGCGGCGGACGGCCGCAUCGAGCCCGGGGACAUGCUGCUGCAGGUGAGGACCGGGGUGAACGACAUCAACUUUGAGAACAUGAGCAACGACGAUGCGGUGAGAGUGCUGAGGGAGAUCGUGCACAAGCCCGGGCCAAUCAUACUGACCGUGGCGAAGUGCUGGGACCCCUCUCCUCAGGGCUACUUCACCCUCCCACGCAAUGAGCCUAUCCGCCCCAUUGACCCGGCAGCGUGGGUGAGCCAUUCCGUGGCUCUGACGGGGGUGUACCCUCCAUACCCCGGCAGCUCCUCUCUCAGCACCAUCACGUCCUCCUCCUCCGUCACCGAGACCGAGCGUUUUGACGACUUCAACCUGUCGCUCCACUCUGACAUGGCUUCGGUGGCCAAGGCCAUGGCCUCCCCAGAGUCUGGUCUGGAGGUCAGGGACCGGAUGUGGCUCAAGAUCACCAUCCCCAACGCCUUCCUGGGGUCAGACGUAGUGGAGUGGCUAUACCACCACAUCGAGGGUUUCCAGGACCGCCGUGAGGCCAGGAAGUACGCCAGCAACCUGCUGAAGGCCGGCUUCAUCCGCCACACCGUCAACAAGAUCACCUUCUCCGAGCAGUGCUACUACAUCUUCGGAGACUUCAGCGACUGCGAGAACUACAUGGCCAACCUGUCCCUAAACGACAACGACGGCUCCAGCGGGGCCUCGGACCAGGACACUCUGGCCCCGCUGCCCCUCCCGGGGGCCACGCCCUGGCCCCUGAUGCACACCUUCCCCUACCAGCCCUACCCCAACCACCCCUACACCAGCCAGCCUCCACCCUACCACGAGCUGACCAGCUACAGCUACGCCCCCGGCAGCACGGGCAGCCAGCACAGCGAGGGGAGUCGGAGCAGCGGGUCAACGCGGAGCGAGGGUGAGAGGAGGCGAGGCACUAAGGGCCCCGGCAGCACCGUGGGGGGUGGAGAAAAGUCCCCCUCGGGGGGCGGUGGAGGAGGAGCCGACUCCCGCUCGGGCAGCGGCAGCGAAUCGGAUUACUCCACCCGCAGCAGCCUGAGACGAGACCACGGCUCGGCGACGCCAAGCGAGCACAGCCACGCCUCCUCGCAGCGCUCGCAUCAUCACCGCCCGACGCCUCCCCCGCACAUGUCCCCGUACCCCCCAGGCAUCCCACUGCCCUACAACCCCAUGAUGGUGAUGAUGGUGCCGCAACACCCACACGCACACCCUGUCAUGGGGCCCCCUCAUCUCCACGCCCACCCACACCCCCAGCAGCUCCACUCGACCCCACCUCACCCGGCGCUACCCCCGCCCCCCUCCUCCACCCCGGGGGGACCCCCUGGAGCCCCCCCUACCCGUGACCUGGCCUCUGUACCCCCAGAGCUGACUGCGUCACGCCAGUCCUUCCACCUGGCCAUGGGCAACCCCAGUGAGUUCUUUGUGGACGUCAUGUAAUGGAGGUAGCGGGUCAGAAAUAAUUGUGUGUGUGUAUAAAUGUGUUUGAUAGGAUGUGUGUGUGUGUGUGUGUGGGUGUGUGUGUGGGAGGGAGGGAGGGUGCGUGCGUGCGUUUGAGAUCCAGCAGUGUGAUUGAGUAUCCAUUCCUCUUGAUGAUGACUGAAUAUGAGAUCUGGUGGUAGCUUGUAGUCUGUGCUUGCAUAUUUUGAGUCUGGUGGGAACAGGGUUUGACCUUAUUGUGAGACCAGUAUUAGUAUACUGUUCUAACAGAAACGACAAUAUAAACCUUGGCAGCAUCUCUGGAACAUACAGUAACCUCUCGAGUUUACCUUCUACCAUUUAAAGAUCUACAAUGAUGACAAAGUAAGGUCUUAGCCUGGACACUCUCGCCACACUUUCCAACUGCUACAACAUGCUGUUGUGCUGAAUAUCAAAAACUGAAGUCCUCUAACUCUUGUUUGAUUUGUAGUCAUGUGUGUGUGUGCGUGUGUGUCUAUUGGGUUGGUUAUGCCUCUGACACUCCCUCAGUGAGCCAGAAUGUGUUUUCAAACCAAUUUAGUGAUUAACAAUGUUUGUCUUUCCUACACGGGGACUAGGCUGAGAACAGUAGCUGCCUUUCAUUGGACUAGACUGAAGAAACGAACUCCAGCCCAGAGGAACUGGGUGGUUGCACUGACUGUGCUUUAUCACUUGAGGGCGCAAAUGUUCUGAGCCCUCAUAAAGAGAUUAAAAUGAAAUUGCAUUGUAUUGGUACUGUAUUUUUCAUAGAUUUAUUGGUAUCUGAGUUUUUUUGUGAGUGCUUUCUUUUUCAGUAAAUGAUAGAAAAAAGACCAUAUAUACACACUCCUACUCAAAGAACAAACCCCUUUUGUAUUAAAUUGUGUGCCAAUUAGUUUUUUUUAUUCCUUUCUCUCUUUUUUUCAACGAUUUUGUGUAUGUAUGUAUAUAACUUUCUUCUUAAUGCAACAUGACAGAAUAGCAAACUCUCUAAUGUGAAUCAGUAGGUCAAAGGACAAGUGGCAUACCUCUGCCAGGUAAAGGGAGUGUAAUUAUGAAGCUUGAUUGUAAAGAGUUGAGCCAACCAUGUAACACUGUCUAGGACUACGUGGAAUUUAAAUUGGUACUACUAGAGGGUAGAAAGGGGUUACAGCCAAAAAUUGGUACUUUGGGAUUUCAUAAGGGGCACCUUUACACAGUUGUGCGUCCCUUUUUGAUUUCACCUUUCCCCUCAUGUUAUGUAGUAUCCCAUGUAAGCAGCCAUUUUGUACGAGUGACUAGACGUUUAACCGAACAAUAAAGGUGCUAAAUGAAGAGGUGGUGCGUCACAGUACUGCAGUUUGUCACGUCUGUUCAGAAUCACAUUGCUUGAAUUUGUGUUGUAACUUUUUUUUUGUGUCUGUAUCUGAGAAUAAAUUAGCAAAAGACUUGAUUUUCAAACUUUC